UUAUGUCACUUGUCAACUUUUGGCGCCAACGCGUUAGCAUCACUUGAAUUGUUUACCCUCAACUUUUCACCACUUGUAACAAGUUAAAAUAACGAAAUUAAUAAUUCCUGGGUAAAUCAUGGAAGGAUUCGACCAUCCGGACAUUCUUUACAGCGACAACUGGGCCCCUAACGAUAACCAGACGGACGGAGCCGGGGUCAAUUUGCUCGCCGUAAAAAACAAAUUCAAAGACUUUAUCCGGCAAUUUCACACUGAAAACUUCAAUUAUAAAUACAGGGACACUUUGAAAAGAAACUACAAUCUUCGACAGUACUGUCUGGACGUGAACAUUGAAGAUGUGGGCAGUUUCGAUGAAACUUUGGCUGAUAAACUGUACAAACAGCCCACCGAACAUAUUCCGAUCUUCGAGGAUGCCGCCACUGAGGUCGCCGACGAGUUAACAUCCCCUCGGCCGGAGGGAGAGGAGAAAGUCGAAGAUAUUCAAGUUACAUUGAACUCGGAUGCUAAUCCAGCGAACCUUAGGGCCCUUAAAUCAGAUAUAGUGUCCAAACUAGUGAAAAUCCCUGGAAUAAUUAUUAGUGCUUCUGGAAUAAAAGCCAAAGCCACAAGGAUCUCUAUUCAGUGUAGGUCUUGUAGUAAUGUUAUCGCUAAUUUACCAGUGAAGCCUGGCUUAGAAGGUUAUGUUUUGCCUAGGAAGUGUACUACAGAACAAGCUGGUAGGGUAAGAUGUCCCCUAGACCCAUUCUUCAUUAUGCCUGACAAAUGCAAAUCGGUGGAUUUCCAAAUAUUGAAACUGCAAGAGCUGCCCGAUGGAAUUCCCCAAGGGGAGAUUCCGAGGCAUAUGUUGCUCUACUGUGACCGCUAUUUAUGCGACAAAGUAGUUCCUGGAAAUAGAGUUUUCAUUUUGGGGAUAUAUUCAAUUAAAAAAGUUACCAAACCAUCUAGGAGGGAAGGCAAAGAAAAGGCGAUAACAGGUGUCCGGUCGGCCUACAUGAGAGUGGUGGGGCUCCAAUUGGACACAGAGGGCGCAGGCGCUCCAGGAUGCGGCAUUGUCACGUCAGAGGAAGAAGAUUUGUUCAGAAGAAUGGCCGCUAUGCCCAAUAUUUACGAGAGACUUGCCAACAGUGUGGCACCAUCUAUUUAUGGCUCUACUGAUAUUAAGAAGGCUGUCACUUGUUUAUUAUUUGGAGGUUCCAGAAAACGUCUUCCAGACGGCCUAACGCGUCGCGGGGACAUCAACGUGCUCCUGCUCGGAGAUCCCGGUACCGCCAAGUCGCAACUAUUGAAGUUCGUGGAAAAAGUCGCCCCGAUCGCUGUGUACACGUCGGGCAAAGGGAGUUCCGCCGCCGGUUUGACCGCCUCCGUGAUGCGAGAUCCCGCCUCCCGUAAUUUCGUUAUGGAGGGCGGCGCCAUGGUGUUGGCCGACGGCGGCGUCGUCUGUAUCGACGAGUUCGAUAAAAUGAGAGAAGACGAUCGGGUGGCCAUCCACGAAGCGAUGGAACAACAAACGAUUUCUAUAGCCAAGGCGGGGAUCACUACCACGUUGAACUCGAGGUGUUCGGUACUGGCCGCGGCCAAUAGUAUUUUCGGCCGUUGGGAUGAAACCAAGGGCGACGAAAACAUCGAUUUUCUACCCACCAUUUUGUCAAGAUUCGACAUGAUUUUCAUCGUUAAAGACGAACACGACCAGCACAGGGACAUGACUUUAGCGAAGCACAUCAUGAGCAUCCACAUGAACGCCGGUCAAAUGACCCAGGAACCGAAAGAGGGCGAAUUAUCGUUGGAAUUUUUGAAAAAGUACAUCAACUAUUGCCGAACCCGAUGCGGACCUCGAUUAAACAAAGAUGCAGCUGAAAAAUUGAAGAGGAGAUACGUGAUGAUGAGAUCCGGAGCCCAACAACACGAAAAAGAGAUCGAUCAUAAGAACGCGAUCCCGAUCACGGUGCGUCAAUUGGAGGCGGUGAUCCGUAUGUCGGAAUCGUUGGCGAAAAUGCAACUGCAACCGUUCGCCACCGAGACCCACGUGGACGAGGCCCUGCGACUCUUUCAAGUGUCCACCCUGGACGCUGCUAUGAGCGGAAAUCUCGCCGGCGCGGAAGGUUUCACCACCGAAGGGGAACAAGAGAUGCUCUCGCGCGUCGAGAAACAAUUAAAGAAGAGAUUCGCGAUCGGGACGCAGGUGUCGCAGCAGGUGGUCCUGCAGGAUUUCGUGCAACAGGGAUACAGCGAACGGGUGGUGGUCAAAGUGAUCCAGGCGAUGAUCAGGAGGGGACAGUUGCAGCACAGGAUGCAGAGGCGCAUGUUGUAUCGUAUUAGUUAAUUCGAUUUUAAUUUAUGAUAUUUUAGAUGGGCAAUAAGUCAUAUUAAAUCAUUUUAAAACGAAAUUUUCAAGAAAUGAUGGAGUUAUGGAUAUAGGUAGUUUCUUUGUAGAAUGUAGAAUUUUUCUGAAGAAACCGAUUUGCUUUAUAUGUCGAUGAAUAUUUCGACCUAUGUUCAGUUAUCUUCAUAACACAGUCCUGUGCCUUGGCCCCAUCCAAUUAACGCCCAUCUAAAAUGUUGUGCCUUUUGGUAUUUUUCCGGUAAAUAUAUUUAAGAUUUUUAAAUGAAA